UCUCAUUAUCAUUUUAUCUUUGAUUUUGCCACUUAUUUUCUAAAGCACAUUCUUAUCUAUAAACAAUAAUAACAAUGUAUCUCGCCAAGCUUUCUUUAUGUGCUGCUGUUAUCUUAGGUGCCAGUGCCGCUUCUACUUCUUCAGGCGGCAAGAAUAAGUGUCAAAACUUAAAGACCGACUUCAGCAACGGUCUUGGCGAGUGGUUUGACAUUUCCGGCAAGGGAAAGGGCUACAAGGUCACUUCUGAAGGCCUUGAAUUGACUCUUGAGCCUCCCAAACAAUUUGUUAGAAUGACCAACCCUGAUGAUAAUGACAAUCCUUACAAUAAAUAUGAAUCAGACACUUCUGCUGAUAUCCAAGCCCCUCAAAAAUUGCACUACGGUAAGGUCACCUAUGUCAUGAAGUCUGCUGGUGUUAAGGGUGCUAUUACCGAUGCUAUCUUGAUCUCUGAUGAAGGUGAUGAAAUUGACUUCGAAAUGCUCGGUGCUGAACGCAACAGAGUUCAAACCAACUUCUUCUAUGGUAAGAAUCCUGUUUAUGGUGUCAACGGUGGUAAUAGCAAGGUUGAUUUGGAUACUGCUGAUGAUUUCCAUACCUAUGUCAUUGAAUGGUCUCCUGAAAAGAUUGUCUGGUCCGUCGAUGGCAAGGUCAUCCGUACCAAGAACAACGACGACGAUUGCUCAGACGAUGACAAAUGUACCUUCCCUACUCACCCCACUAAUGUGCAAUUCGGUCUUUGGGAUGCUUCUAACCCCUCUGAUACUGCUGAAUGGGCUGGUGGACCUAUUGAUUGGGACAAGACUGAUAAGGUUUCCGCUGUUGUCAAAUCUGUCCAAAUCGAAUGUGAUCCUGAAUACAACGAACUUAUCUAAGCUUCUCUUUCCGCAACAACAUUAUUUCCGCUCUCACGCUUCCUGAACAUCUAUAGCGCAUCAUAAUAUCCUUCAAUUGUUUUAUUGUCAUUUGUCAUCCUCACUUUCUCGCCUAAUCAAUCUCACUCACUCACUCACUCAUCAUUACCAAAUCACUCACCUCGGUCUUGCCAUCCAUUUAAUUUAUAUCAUUUGUAAUUUGUUUCUUCUUUGAUUACUUGCUUUUUUUGAAUAAAUCGCUCUACAUUGUAUACUAGAA